GAAGAAGCCAAUCUGGCCCAGGCCCCCCCCCCCCUCUGGGCCCUCCACGCGGGGCGGGGCGGCCCCGGAUGGCCCCGCGCGCCUGAGGCGAGGCGUGGCCAGCGCCCCCCCUCCCCCGAGGAGGCCGCCCCCGCCCGGCAGCAGCCGCCCGCGUUGCGGCGGCGGCCCACGCCCUGCGGCAGAGCCCUGCUCGGUCGGGAGCCGAGUUUUGGGCUCGCCUGGCGACAUGGGCCGCUCGCACUCGAGGCAUCGCGCGCCCCGGCCAAGGUCCUCCUCGGACCCGCGGCCCAGGGACCGAGGCGCCCGCGACCUCUUGCAGGACGACUUGCAGCGGCGGCGCGAGCGGAGGUCGAGGUCCAGGGAGAGGCGCGGCGUUGGCAGCGAGCUCGCCGUCCGAGGCGCGAAGGGCCCCCGGGAGAAGCUCGGCAGGACCGCGGGCUUCGACGCCGCGGUGCCGAUCACGGACUCGGUGGCCGUCUCGCACCGGCUGGCGCAGAUCAACGCGGAGCGCGCGCUCAUCCAGGCGCCCUUCACGGAGAACCCGGAGGUCGAAGCGUUCCUCGCGCAGCACACCUUGGAGCCACACGCCAUCGCGCGGCUGCGGUCUCUACCAGCAGAUCAAGCCAAGAUGGUUAUGGACGUGUCGCUCGACCGUGCCAGGAACAAGACAGCCGUCAUUCUCAGCAGGGUGAAGUACCUCAGCACGGGCUGCAUGAACCCCGCCGGCAUCUCGCAGCCCAGCAGAGAGGAGCGCAGUGGCGGCGGCGGCGGCGGGCAGGGCUCCGGCCUCAUCGCGCUGCUGCCGCGCCCCAACGCCCCGCCCCAGCCCGGCCUGGCGAAGAUGGAUGAGAUGGCGCAAAGGGUCAAUCAGGAUCUGGUGAAGGCAGAAGGCGAAAAGCUCGUUGGAGGCGACGGUGCCCGAGGCUCCGCCGUGAAGGACGGCGCCAUGGAAGAAGAAGACAUGGCGAUCGAAGACCUGGCGGGCCCCCCGGGCGCAGGCGCCUCCGCGGGCGCCGCGUCUUCGGGCGCGUCCUCGACGGGGAGGCACGGCGGCGGCAUGCCCAUCCCGCGGCCGUUCGCCUCCAACCCGUUCCACCGCAAGCCCUCGCCCCCGCGCGCGAACGACGCGGAGAGGCGGGAGCACGCGCCCCCGGCGGUGGACGACCAGCUCUCGAGGCCCAUCCUCGGUGACCACGCGCGGCCUCCCGGCGCACCGCCCGG